UUCUACCCCGAGACACGUUGCCUAGGUUACAUCUCCAGCUGCCACCUGAAGCGAAGCAUCGCACCAUCCGCCUCGCGAAACAAAAGACAGUACUUCACACGUCAACACCUAUUGAAAAGCACACAAAAGGGAUCUCACGAAACAAAAAUAUACUCGGAAGAGAGAGACGGAGCAUAUUAAGCCACGCACGCACUCAGACCCUCCUCAUUUAGUGAUUGUCAGUGGAGAGAGGCGGGCUCAUAUGGAGGAGGGCCGCUGCUCGGCUCUGCAGCGACUGCAGCGUCUCCCGCUGCCUGCUCUUCCUCCGCGCGCGUCUCCGCGAGCGCUGUGAUGUGAAUAUUAAUGAUGCUGCGCGAAUCUCCGCGCUCAUUUCCACAGCUUUCGCCCAUCUGAGAGACACACAUGGAAGGCUAUUUAUUCGAAACCACUCAGUGACUCCUGUUGGUUGACUUGGCACGCAGCGUCCUCUGCUUGUAUCGCCAUCUGUGGCGCUCCGUACAGAGCUGCAUGAUUUGUUUUAGGCCCCGAGAGAGGUGUUUGUCACUGUCAUGUGAGCCUAACUUUGCUUUUUUAUACACUGUUUAAAGACAGGACAUUUUAAGAACAGCAUGGCAGAAGCCCCCAUUGGAGAGGACGCACCCAAAGAGAAGGAGAGUGCCACCCCUCUUACCCACGAUCCCCUGCCAGGGGUUGGGGUUGCUCUGUGGGAAAGAUUAUUGAAAGCAAGUGUUACAGCUGGUGCUUUCCUCCUGAUGUACACACUGUCUCAACUCACAGGUUUGUGGGUCCUUUACAUGCUGAAUGGAUACAUGCCUUUUCCAGCAGCACAUAAAGUUUUGGAUCUCCUUCAGUACCUUCUCUCCACCAGUGAUGCCUAUGAUCAACAGAUGGAGAUAUGGAGGGUGGAAAGCUUGUUACCCCUCAUUGCUACACUCUUCUUAGGUGUAGUCAUCCUUGGUACUGGAACGCUGUUCUGCAUUAAAACCCUGGUGCCUGGCAACCCAUCUUGCUUCCCUGACGACCGUCGUCAGUCCAUGAGCAGGCAGCCCUCCUUUACAUAUUCAGAAUGGACAGAUGCUAAACAGGAGGAUUUCUACGAGCUGGAUGCUGUUCCGGAGACACCCGUGUUUGACUGCUUUAUGGACAUGAAGACCGAAGCUGACCCUGUCACUCUCUCUGUCAAACCUGUAGGCUUGCAGGAAAGGAGAGGUUCUAACGUGUCGCUGACGUUGGACAUGUGCACCCCUGGUACUACAGAGCCCUAUGGAGCGCUGCUGUCCCCUAGAGAGCAGAGCACACAUGAAUACCUGCAGAACGCAUCCAACCUGCUCACCCCCGAGCAGCUGCACAAGCGUGCACUGGACGACGCUGCACUGCAGGCCGAGUUCUAUGAAACACCCAUGAACUUCGUGGACCCUAAAGAAUACAAUUUUCCUGGCGUGGUGAGGAAGAAUCGCUACAAAACCAUACUACCAAACACACAUAGCAGAGUUUGCUUAAAAGCAAAAGAGGAAGGUGAUUUUCUCAGCACCUACAUCAACGCUAAUUAUUUGAAGGGCUAUGGAGGGAAAGAAAAGGCUUACAUUGCUACACAGGGUCCAACUGUAAACACAGUGGGAGAUUUCUGGAGGAUGGUUUGGCAGGAGCGCUGUCCCAUUAUUGUCAUGAUCACCAACAUUGAAGAAAAAAAUGAGAAAUGCACAGAAUACUGGCCAGAGGACAGUGUCAUCUGUGAAGAUAUCGAGAUCACUGUCAAACUGGUCAUCCAGGCAGAUGACUACAGUCUAAGGAUUUUCACUGUGAAGAGUGAGGGUGAGGAGCGUACUCUCAGACAGUACUGGUACACAUCCUGGCCAGAUCAGAAAACUCCAGACAAGGCCCCGCCUCUUUUGGAUUUGGUUAGGGAAGUGGAGGAAGCGAGGAAACAGGCUCCGCCCAACAGUGGCCCUGUCAUUGUCCACUGCAGUGCAGGGAUUGGACGCACUGGCUGUUUCAUUGCUACCUCUAUCUUGUGCCAGCAGCUAAGCAAUGAAGGGGUGGUUGACAUCCUGAAGACUACUAGCCAGUUACGCUUGGACAGAGGCGGCAUGAUCCAGACAGCGGAGCAGUAUCAGUUUGUUCAUCAUGUACUCAGCCUGUAUGAAAGACAGCUUCGGGAGACCUCAGAAGAGUAAAGCCUCCAUGAGCGCACAACCUUCACACCACUCCUCACAGAGCAGUUGACCUUCAUCCAAACUGACCCUCAGUACCUCAAGUCUCAUGUCUUCAAACACAACAGAAGUUUUAGGAGCAGACCUUACAUUAGAUUUUAGCUGAGUCAAAUCUUCAAUACCUAAAUCCCACCAAUCAGUUAUUAAAUAUACUUUGUCUUUUUUCUUUACCAUAACAGUAACAUAAAGAGGUCAGUUAUGUCAUACACAAUUUUGCCUACAUAAUAACGCUCAGCAGACCAUCAGUGCUCAAACGUGACAAUGUUUGAAUGCGUGCACGCUUCAUAUGCACACAAUAACAAGCAGACACCAAGGCCUCCAUCAAUGAUGUAAAUUUAACAUUAGGUUUAGGGACCUCCUCAAUUUCUGAGCCUACAGAUACAGCAAUUUUCCAUUUACUGCUAAGAAUUUUUUACAGGAUUUAUAACUCAGUGUUAAGAUGAGAUUUGUAGUGAAGUGUGCGUGUACAUUUAUGGGUCUUACAUGUUGAAAGAUCAACCUCUUGGCAAUCUGAACAUCAGUAUGUUUGUGUGUGCAUGUGUGUGUGUGAGAUAGUGUCACAAAAACAGAAGGGGAGAGAGAGGUACUGUUUACUAUGUGUUCGAUGAUUAUCAGACUUUAACUACGGAUGUGCGGUUGGGUUGGUCUCUAGAAGAGGUUAGCCUACCACAUUUAAUACAAAAUGGCCUUAAUAUGUGUCUUUCUGUUCGUACUGGGGUCUGUAUGGUUGUGUGUAAAUGUUGUCGGGCGGAGCUAAAGGCAGUGUGGUGUUACAGCCUGUCAUCGUCUCAUUCACUAAGACUGAGAGAGGGACAGAAUGAUGUACAUUUU